CUCACGCAAGUUUAAAUAUUUGUUUCCGCCAGUCUUGUGCUCUUUUCAACUUACACCACAACAAGUUGCCCCAACCACGUACGAAGUCCGAGGCAUCGGCACCAACACUCUACAUUCCCAAUACAGCUUCUUUUUCCUUUCCUUUACUCUCUCACAGGUCAAUCGACUGAGCUAUAAUCUUAAUACAUCACUCUCUCCAUCUACGGAUUCCCCACAACGAAGACAUAACAACACACAAUCGUCCGGCCAACUUCACUUCAGUCACUUCAUUUGAUCAUACCCAGAAUACCAAAUAGUCAAAAUGGUCACUCUCGAUUGGAAGGAUUCCGUGACCAAGGAGAGGCUUCUUGCCGCUGUGAUUGGUAGCUUCGAAUCUACUAUCAACAUCAACGAGGUCGCUCGCCUAAUGGGCGAUGGAAUCACCUACAACCAGAUCGAGAACCAACUCCGCAAGGUUAAGGCGGAUGCGAAAAAGUUGAAGGACGAGGCCAAGGGUCGUGGGGCUCCUCCGCCCAGCACGCCCCGCAAGGUGAAGACUCCCAAGAAGGUCACCGACGGAGUUUCUUCCGGCAGGGUCAGCAAGACGCCCAGCAAGAAGGCCGGAUCUCAGAAUACCUCGCCUCUCAAGAAGCAAAUCCUCGACUACGAGACGGAUGAUCAGUUCAACUACGGAGAUGACGAGCUCUACACCUAAGUUUCGCAAGCUUGCAAGGGCUUCAACUUAACACUUGGUUGGAUUACAGUGCAAGGCGGGGUUCAGGUCACGCUCUAAGUGGUCGUGUUUGGACUCGAACUUAGCUGUUCUACGGACUUGUAAUUAUCGGAGUCUAGGAAUC